AUGGACGCUAAAAAUCCCCCUAGCUCAGCUGUGCCUACAGAUACAGCGGGCAAGAACAAGCACCGGACAAACUCCUUGCUGGCGGAGGAAAGAUCAAUUCAAAAUGGAGACCAAGAUAUCUUGCAGGGAGAGAAGGUGGACGAGGCUCUUACUGCCAAAAUGACGCUUAUUAAUGAUACCAUUGAUGAGAUUGGCUUCACACGUCACCACUGGAAACUGUUUUGCCUGAAUGGAUUCGGAUACGCAGUUGAUUCGCUCAUUCUCUUGAUCCAGUCGAUUAUUUCGACCCAGGCUAGGUUAGAGUUCAACCCAUCAUAUUCCACUGGGCUCACCAUCGCCGUUUAUGUCGGUAUGUUGGUGGGUGCCAUUUUCUGGGGCUUUUCGGCAGAUAUUAUCGGCCGACGGUUCGCCUUCAACUUCUCCCUGUUUGUUUCGUCCGUAUUCACUAUUGUUGCGGGGGCUGCUCCCUCUUGGGUCACUCUGGGUUUGUUUACCUGCUUGGGUGCCUUUGGUGCCGGUGGAAACCUGGUUCUCGAUACCACGGUCUUCCUAGAAUACCUCCCCAGCAAAGAACAGUGGCUAUUGACACUCAUGGCAGCUUGGUGGGGUCUGGGUCAGCUUAUCGCAGGUCUGUUUGCUUGGGCGUUUCUUCCCAAUUUCUCCUGUGGUGAUACAGCCACCUGUACUCGUGACAACAAUCAAGGAUGGCGUUAUGUUUGGUACACAUCCGGUGCCUUGAUAUUCGUUCUUUCCGUCCUCCGUGUUACCAUCGUCCGCCUUGAAGAGACCCCCAAGUUUCUCAUUUCCGAAGGAAAGGACGAGCAAGCAGUACACGUUCUACGCAACAUUGCCGAUCGACACAACCGCCCAUGUAGUCUCACUAUCGAGCGGCUUCAGGCAUGUGGACAAACUUCUCGCAGAGCCCCAGGGAAUGGUUGGUUUGUGCGACUCAUCUCGCCGAGCGAAGUGUUUUUCCAUCUCUGUGGACUCUUCGCAACUCGCAAAAUGGCUCUGUCAACGUCUCUGGUCUGGCUUUCAUGGCUCCUCAUUGGCCUCGCCUAUCCGCUUUACAACGUGUUCCUCCCCACCUAUCUUGCAUCCCGGGGCGCAGCCUUCGGACAGAGUAGCCCGUACAUCACCUGGCGGAACUACGCCAUCAAUAACACCUGUGGUAUCCUCGGUCCUGUUCUGGCGGGAUUCAUGUGUCGCUCGUCCUGGUGUUGGGGCCGUCGGGGAACCAUGAUCAUCGGAGCUGUGGUCACCAUGGUUUUCUUCUUCUGCUAUACGCAAGUGCGCACUGCAGACCAGAACGUGGGCUUUACGUGCGCUAUUUCUUUCUGCUUGAACGUAUACUAUGGUACCCUCUAUGCUUACACCCCCGAGGUCUUCCCCUCCGCUCACCGGGGCACAGGAAAUGGCGUUGCCAUUGGACUCAAUCGGAUCAUGGGGAUCGUCAGUGCCGUUGUCGGGCAGGCGGCAAAUACCAGCACACCCGUCCCGAUUUACAUCUGCGCGGCCCUAUACAGUGUGAUGGCAAUUGUUGCUGGAGCCUUGCCAUUUGAACCGUAUGGCCGACGAAGCAGCUGA